GGGAUCAAAAAGGCAAAGGCGAACGCGAAAGCAAGCGAAGCAUAUUCCCCAGCUCACGGGCAAGCGGGCACGAUUCCCACGUCUAUGCUCGGGACGGAUUCCCCGAUUCCCCGAUUCCCCGAUUCGUCGAUUCCCGAUUCGUCGAUUCUCCGUUUCGAUUCAGCUGGGUUAUGUGAUGAUAGUUGAUGGUUCUUCUUCUCAGCUGCUUUUGAAGAGAAGGAGACUCGCCAUCCCCGACCCCAUGGAAGCUGAACCCGCAAAGGUGAAACUUGCUGAAAUAAAGGAAAAAUUUGGUCGUGAAAUACGUGUGUUUGAAACUUCAGCAAGUUCUUCGACAGAAAAUGCAGCUCCAGAUACUGAUGAAACAGAUGACUUCUAUGAGUUCACUGCAGAGGAUUAUCACCGACUUUUGAGUACCAAAAAAGAAGAAAAAUAUUUAAAGACUAAAAAACUCCGAGAAGCAGAAGAGGCAACACGGCGCUCAAGAAUAACAAAGACUGUUAUAAGGGUACGGUUUCCUGAUAAUCAUACACUAGAGGCUACAUUUCAUCCGUCAGAGAAAAUAGAGAGUUUGAUUGUUCUCCUCGAGAAAGUGGUAGCUAAACCUGAACUGCCAUUUUAUAUAUAUACUGCUCCACCCAAGAAGCAAAUAAAAGACUUGUCUCAGGACUUUUACUCUGCUGGCUUCCUUCCUGGUGCAAUAGUUUAUUUUUCAUAUGACACCCAGAAAGUUUCAAAUGAGGAUAUAGCAGCUGCUGAGAUGGGUCCUUUCCUUCAAGAGUAUGUCAUGGCUCUGAAAGGCUUGGAGCGUGACAUUGAGAUUGUAGAGCCGGUUCAAUCUGCGCCAGAGCCUGUAGAGCCAGCUCCUCCGCCUGUUGUCCAAGAGCGCAAGCCUGCUGAUAAAAAGCCUGUUAAGCCAAAGUGGCUUAAAAUGUGAAUUGAGACCUGAAUUAUGCUGAUCUUGGUGCAGGUGCAGUUAACUCAGGGUAUCUUUCAUCGAUCGUGACACUUCGAACCAGUUAUUGUGGGCAACUGAGCACUCAAUUCUGAAAGUGACUUAGUCGAGGAUGGGUUAUAGGAAGAAUCCUUCAGAAUUGAAGAGGGAUGUCAUAAGUGACUGACCAAGUGACUUUCUCCUAAUGGAGAGACCCUUGUAUUUCGAUCAUGUUUAUUGUAAAUCAACUGUGUCCUUUUCUGGUUGUGUAUAUCCAUAUGGUUCCCUAGAUUAUGGCCAUGCGACCUCUCUUUGUUCACCGCAUUUAAAGUUUCAAUUUAGAUUCUCAAGUUGGGUUUA